AUGUUGCUAGCAAACACAAGUUCCCUGGGGAUUCGGGCGUACCCCAAGGGCAUACAGUUAGCACCUACUCACUUUACUGUACAACUUCACCCUUCGCCUUCAAUUGGUCAGGCAGCGCCGGUGACAGAUAUUGUGUCCAGGUUGGCUUCUGUUCUUGGUCUCAAUAGGAACAGGUCUUCCUGUAUCGAUAGUGUCCACUUCACAAAGGAAGAGAUAGUGAGUGCGCAGAGGAAGUGGGCGGUGACGUCCACUGAUUACAAUGGAGCCCAGCGCGCGGCGCAGCGUGAUCUAUGCGGCGCAGAGUCUGUAAUAUUUAUCGCGCCUCCUAAAUAUAUCCAAGCUCUGAGGACGUUACAAAGGGCUUCCGAAACCCUUGAAGACAAAGAAGUUCGUGGAAGGACUUCUUCUCUUGAUGACGAAGUUCUGCGGGCUUUGAUGGAAGAAAACCCUAGAAUAACUGUUCUAGAACUUGCAAGAAAACUGACAGAAAUCGGACAUCGAUGA